AUGGAAUUUCUCUGCAACUUGCUGUCUGUGAAAAUCAUACAAUUAAAAAAUCUACAAAAAGCAGAUAUAUUUACCCAGUCUAAUUGCUAUGUGAGCUUGUUUCUGCCAACGGCUUCAUCUGAAAGAGUCCAGACCAAGACUAUUAAGGACUGUCAGGAUCCAUUGUGGAAUGAAACCUUCAUCUUUAGGAUACAGAAGAAGGUCAAGAAUGUUUUAGAGUUAACGGUUCAUGAUGAAGACAACUGCCUCAUGGAUGGUCACCUUCUCACUGUACUGUUUGAUGUUUCUAAAAUUCAGUUUGGAGAAACAAUUUGCCUCACUUUUCCAUUGGACCCAAAAAUUCAAGAAGAGUUAGAGGUGGAAUUUAGGCUGGAGAGCAUCCCAGUUCCUCUUGAAAAUAUUGUUACUAAUGGCGUAUUAGUGUCCCGUGAAAUGUCCUGCUUGGAGGUAGAGGUACACAUGGAAAAGAUGAAGAAUGAACCAACAGACAAAAGCGUAACAUUCACUGUGCAAGGAUCCUGUGAAGAAAAAAAGUACUUUCCACUGGGCUCUGUGAUGCAUCCCGUUGAUCCUGUUGUGUUUCACUAUAUAAAAUAUCAGCAAUCUAUAUUGGCAGUUGAGUUAACAAAGAAAUUAUGUACCACAUGCUUUCCCACUUGUAGAAAUACUAAUACAGAAGAAAAAGUUUGCCUCACUUUGCCUCUGGAGCCACUCUCUAUCAAAAAGGAAAUAGUCAUAGACAAGAGCAAAACUAUUGAUUUAAGCAUGAAGGUACAAGAUUGGCCAAGAGGCCUAGACGUACGUUUGGGGUAUGAAUUAUGCAUGGAGGAAAAAAUGCUUAUACAGAAGCGAAAGGGGAUAGCUGCAGCUGCCUUGAAAAAGGUUCUCCACCUAGACCGGGAUCUCCAGGACCAUGAGGUACCAGUUAUUGCUGUCAUGGCAACAGGGGGUAGUUCCAGAGCAUUCACUGCUUUACAUGGCCACUUAUUUGGUCUACAAAAAUUGAACCUGUUAGAUUGUCUUUCAUACAUCUCUGGGUCUUCUGGUUCUACAUGGGCCAUGUGCAAUCUGUAUGAGCAAGCCGACUGGUCACACCAAGAUCUUUCAGGAGCAAUAGCAGAAGCUCGCAAGCAAAUGACAAAAUGCAAACUGAAUAUAUUUUGCCUGGAAAAAUUAAAGGAGUACAGUCAUGCGUUGGAGCAGCGGCAAAAAGAAGGAUACAAAACGUGUUUUACUGACCUUUGGGGAAUUUUCAUUGACAAAGCCUUAAGCUGUGGGCCCAACUGUACACUCUCAGGACAGAAGCAUGCGCUGAAUCAUGGCCAGAACCCGCUACCUAUAUACAUGGUUCUCAAUACCAGAGACAAGUACAGCCUUUCAGAAUUUAAAGAAUGGAUGGAAUUUACACCCUAUGAGGUUGGAUUACUAAAAUAUGGUGCAUAUAUUCGUUCUGAGGAUUUUGGAAGCAAAUUCUUUAUGGGUCGGCUGAUGAAGAAAGCUCCUGAAUCUGAAAUCUGCUACAUGAAAGGUUUGUGGAGUAAUGUAUUUUCCUAUCACCUCCUGGAUGCCUCACCUGGACGUAAUAUUCCAGAAGAAAAUUGCUGGCACAGAUGUACCCGGGAUACAAUAAACAAUAUUGAAGAAAGGCCUCCUCAACCACUAUCACCACAUCAGUUGCAUACUUACCUGGUUGCUCCUGCCUGUAAAUUUGCGAAGCUCCUUCGGGAGGUUUUAACAAAGAGCUUAACAAUAUCAGAGGUGUACAAUUUCAUACAUGGACUCCAGCUAAACAAUGGGUAUUUUGAUAACAAGAACUUUGAGUUAUGGAAAGAUACUAUACUAGAUGAUCUUCCGAACAAUCUGAAUACAACAGAGUACCUGUCCCUUGCAGAUACUGCAGCCUAUAUUGAUUCCAGCUACCCCACACUCAUGAAGCCGGAGAGAAAAGUAGAUGUGAUUGUGCAUCUAAAUUAUUCUUCAGGAUCUCAGACAGAAGUGAAUUUCCCCAGGAAGUACAUUCAUGGCAUGGUUCUGGGGGAAGCGGGAGGAGGAAAAAAGGGAGUGAUGUCAGCACAUCGGGAUGCUUUUGACAUCUCCCACAGUUUCCUGCCAGAGGAAGAGGGAAAGCACCUGCUGGCAGUUGCUCCUGAGGCCGGGGGAAGGGGCUCGUAA